AACAUUGAGAAAGGUGGACAUAAACCUCAGUAAAAGGGAGGCGUGCGUCUACGGCUGAAUAUCUAUUGAACGGUAGUGCAACGGUAGUGACUUUUCAGGCAACUGUUUUUCAGUGGGCUUUAUCUAGCUCUGUGAACUAUUUUAUUUGGCGGACGUAUACAUUUCUAGUGUUCUUGACUGAGAUCGUUUCCGGGACUCAUGAAUUCCCUCGUGAAGAAGCGUGGUUCCUUCCUGAAGAAAACGAAGUGAAAGAGAAUUGCACGGGGUAGAAGUAUAGUGGAAAACUCGAAGAUUAGUUGAUCACAUUUCGUGUUUGGACUGUUUAUGUGAAUACACUCUGGUGUCUGGUCGCUUGUGAUCUGCUACAAACCCCUUUUGUUGGAUUGCAUUUUUUUUCUAAAUUUAUCGCCAAAACAAACUUGCUAACGUUAGCUUGCUAACUAUGUCGGGAGGCGUCGUCAGAGGCCCUGCUGGAAAUAACGAUUGUCGAAUUUACGUUGGAAAUUUACCCCCUGAUAUUCGUACAAAAGACGUAGAGGACGUAUUCUACAAAUACGGAGCUAUUCGAGACAUCGAUUUGAAAAAUCGAAGAGGAGGACCACCAUUUGCCUUUAUCGAAUUUGAAGAUCCCAGGGAUGCCGACGAUGCAGUUUAUGGGAGAGACGGGUAUGACUACGACGGUUAUCGUCUGCGAGUUGAAUUCCCUCGGAGUGGCAGGGGUGGGGGGAGAGGCGGCUUUGGAGGGGGGAUUGGUGCCCCCAGAGGUAGAUACGGGCCGCCAUCAAGACGCUCUGAGUACAGGGUAAUUGUUUCAGGGCUACCCCAGAGUGGCAGCUGGCAGGACCUAAAGGAUCACAUGCGUGAGGCUGGGGAUGUGUGUUAUGCUGACGUUUUCAGAGAUGGAACUGGGGUUGUGGAGUUUGUGCGCAAAGAAGACAUGACGUAUGCAGUUCGAAAGCUGGAUAACACCAAAUUCCGAUCACAUGAGGGAGAGACCGCAUACGUUCGCGUGAAAGUCGAUGGUCCCCGCAGCCCGAGCUAUGGAAGGUCACGCUCCAGGAGCCGCAGUCGAAGCAGGAGCCGCAGCCGUAGCGCAGCCAGCAGAAGCCGCAGCAACUCUCGCGGUGGUGGUGCCCGUGGCGGCAGAGGGUCUCCCCGCUACUCUCCUCGCCACAGCCGCUCUCGCUCACGUUCCUAAAUUUGGCCUCUUCCACCAUCACUGUUGUGUUGCCCCGUGUCGGUGGAUCCCUGUAAACUGUUUCCCUCCCUGCUUGUUUUAACCCGCUUGAGUUUUUCCAGAAGUCAACUAUAGACCCCCCCCCCCCCCCUCAUUUCAUCUCCUGAUGUCCUUGUGGAAGGUAUUGGUAUGUAGGUGUAUCCCCCUGUGUUAUCCUCCCCACUCUGCCUACUUAUGUCCUUUUGUUUUGAUCCUCUUCUGGAAUACAUUUUAAUUUACGAUCGUCUUUCCUCAGUUCUUAGCAACAUUUGAAAACCAUUUUGCGAUGAAAUUCCAAAAAGUUGAGCUGUUCACAAGUUCAAUGUUUUUUGUAAGUGUUGGAAAAUUGUGUUGAAUAAUAAUUUUCAUAAGGUGGGGGAGUCUCAUUGCUUAACUGUAUUUUACCCUUGUGUCUUCCUUUAGACAUCUGAAGAUAAGGAUUAAAGAAUGUUUUGGAAUAAAAGAGUUGUGGAGCACAUUUCAUUUGCUUGAUCAGAAUAGGACAUCUUAGGAGGAGUCAGGUUGAUGCAAUGGUAUGAUUUAGUGUUGAUUAUUGUGAGCUAUUUAUAAAAUGGUUUCUACAGGAUGCAUGAUUGUCUCUUGAAUGUAGUGCAAUUUCCUAUAUUCUGUGUGUACAUGCACUAUCUUAUUUGGUGAGCUCUUUAGCACUGAUAAAUACAGUGCAUGUCUUUGGUUUUGUGCCAGGACAUAGCUCCUUCUAAGAUGUGCCUUUUUACAUCAAUGUUAUAUAAGAACCAUCUCUUAUAGCUGCUGUUUUAAUGUUAGUCUCUGGCUCUGGGCUUGUUUCAGCGCAAGCAUUUACAAAUUAUUAAAAUGUUCAGAAUAAUUUGGUUAGCUUACAUUUUUAUUAAAUGGAUCUCUAAUAGUGACAUGUCAUAAGUGCACAAAAAAGAACCGGGCUGGGCCCAAAUCAGACAUGAUUCUAAUGGUUUCCCUCUGAUUUUUUUCCUGGUAUUUCAAGGUUUUGAUUGGAGGAGUGGCUCACUGGAUCCCAAUCCUUGGAGCCGGAUCAGAGGAGCAUUUAGGGAAGGGAUAGGCAAGGAUGGAUGCUUGGAGCGGGAUCCGUUUUCCAGGAAUCAAUCAAUUGAACUAAUUAAGGAAUCCUAGGUGCAACUUUUUGAUUUGCUGAGUUUAUUUCAAUUUUUGAGCAUUUAAAUAUGUUCAGAAUCAAAGGAUAUGGAUAAGGAUUAUUUACGUUUUUUGGAGUAAGAAAAGGAAACUGAGGACCAGGAAGUUGGAUCAAAGGAUACAAGGAGUCGUAGGAGCCUGGUAAAUAAGGGAUUAUAUUUGGGAUCGUUGGGGAUUAUUUCGUACAGGUAGUCUGUCUGUUUUAAGAUUACAUUUACUCUUUUAGUAUAGAAUUUUCAAUAAAAUCCUGAAACUGUG